GAAUUAGAAGGGAGAGAGAAAGGAGCCAUUGAGAACGCUGUCAGGGUUACAGGGGUAAUAAAGAAAGGUGAGAUUAGAUGGAGGGGUAAUGGAAGGUUGCUGGGUGCGUGUGGGAACAAGUGAUACAGAGUGUCAAAGGAAAGCAGAUUACACCAGGACCAGGGGGAAAAGACAAUGGGCCACUAAUCAGGAGACUGGCCCACCGAGUGAGAAAAAGGUCACCAACAGGGAGAAUGUAGACUGGAGUCAAGAAGAAAAGAACCGGUCCAGGGAGACCCAGGACCACCGAACAGAAAUCUGGACCAGGGGUUUAGAUUGAAAUGAUAAAUGACCGAAUUUGGACAAACAGGAAGCAGCAUGGAUCAGCAGCCUAAAAGAGGGAAGAAGGCCUUGGUUUCACCCAUCAAACGGUUGGUUUUCCCCAAAUCUGCUCGUCGUUCCGUAAUCAGAAACAGCACUUACCGACGCCCUCUGCAUUCUGUGCCGGUGAUGCCUCCUGACUUUUUGCUGGACCCACAGAUCCUUCUGCAUGACUAUGUGGAGAAAGAAGUUAAGUUCUUAGGUCAUCUUACCUGGGUGGUCUCCUCUCUCAACCCAACCAGUCGAGAUGAAGUACUGCAGCUUUUGGAUACGGCAAGGCAACUGAAAGAGCUGCCUUUGCAUUGCACCCCAGAGCAGGAUAGUAUCCUGAGCAUGUCGGCCCGGAGUCUCCUGCUCACCUGGAGAGACAACGAGGAACUGAUCCUCCGCAUCCCGACCCAUGAGAUUGCUGCAGCCUCCUACGUCAGAGACGAUGCCCUCCAUCUGCUGGUUCUCAAAACAGGCCUCGGGCUCGAUCCAGUCCCGGCUGCUGGAAGCUUGGAGAGAAAGCCCCCAGUAGGAAGUAAAGGAGGGGACAAGGCCGGCACAAAACCAGCAGGGGGUGCUAUGGAGCGUCGCCACACCAUAUGCAGUUUAGAUUGGAAGAAUGCACAUGGCUCUCCAGAUGGACGUCCGAAGGGCGGGGGAAGUUUGGAGAGGAAGCCGGUUAGUGGCAGCUGGGAAAAAAGACGUGGUGGUCCUACGUGUGGUAGCUGGGAAAGAAGAAUGACAUUCAGCGGUAGUUGGGAAAGACGUCAGCCUUGCAAGGGCAGCUGGGAGAAACGCCAACCUUGCGGGGGCAGCUGGGAGAGAAGACAGCCUCAAGGUGGCAGCUGGGAGAGACGGCAGCCUUGUGGAGGCAGUUGGGAAAGACAACACCCUUGUGGGGGAAGCUGGGAAAGAAGGAUGACUUUUGGGGGCAGUUGGGAAAGAUGUCAGCAUGGUGGCGGGAGCUGGGAGAGGAGACACAUCGGGCAAAAUCCACUGGAUCCAAAGGAACCUCGACCAGAUGCCUACUGCAAUUUGAUCAUCCUGGCUGUCGAGAACCGAGACGCGGCGGAGGAAACCUGCGCGCUAAUCUGUCAAGUUUUCCAGAUCAUCUAUGGAGACCAAAGUAUUGAAUGUGUGGACCGUGCUGGUUAUCAUUACACAUCCCCACCAGAGAGGCCGUGGCUGUGCCGAUGCGACAGUUCUCACACUGAUGGAACAUACGGAUACGAUGCUGAUUUCAGCUGCUGCAGCUCAUUCAAUGACUCCCAUGAUACCUUUGAGGUGAAUUUCAGCGGGGAAUCCUCCCCUUCGUUUGCAAGGUCUCGGCAGAGUCUGGCGUCCGCUGACAGUGAAAAUGAACAGAACGGCGCCAUGCUGGAACAACUGCAGGACUACAUGAUCACGCUGCGCAAUAAGUUGUCGCCUGUAGAGAUCCAUCGGUUUGCAAGUCUACUGCGUGAAUAUCGCCUCGGAAUGGACGUGCACGAAUACUGCCAGGAACUGCUACAUCUGUACGGAGACAAUAGGAAAUUUCUUUUGCUGGGCUUGCGACCUUUCAUUCCUGACCUGGACAUUGGGUAUUUUGAGAGCUUCCUGGAGAGCAUUGGGAUUCGGGAUGGAGGGAUUCUGACCGACAGUUUUGGGAGGAUCAAAAGGAGCAUGAGCAACACCUCAGCCUCCGCUGUGCGCAAUUACGACAGCUGCUCCCCCGUCUCCCGUUCAAACUCCUUUAACCGAAUGAUCACGGACAUCACUCAUAACAUCGAGGCACUUGCUCGGGAUGGUGAGGAGGAGGAGGAAGAUGAUGAUUUCUUGUGAAUCACGGGAAAUAGAAACCAUUGUGUUGUAACCAGAAAAACAAAAACAAGAGAUUUUCAGAAAAAGUCUGAGGAAAAAAAAAAACAUGCCUGGCAAAGGUGUCGGACUCGGAGGAGCGCACUGCUGGUCUUUCAGGAACGGUCUUAAAUUUUCCUUUAUGUGACUUCUUGAAAAUGAAUGUUUACAUCUCCUGCCUUCCUUUCAAUAAAUAUAUAUCUCCCCAUCCUAAUGUCUGUUUAUCCAAAUAUGCUGAUCCCUACCACCAUUCACAUGCACAGACAGUUCAUUAAUUCCUUGAAAACCCCACGAUUAGAGAGGCUUUGCUAUUCAUGUUACG